UGUUACCUAUUUUAAUUUUAUUUAAAUUCCACAUGAAUAUUACUAAGUCAUUUAGUUUAUUUAAUUUACUUAGAGACCAGGUCAGAAAUUAAAGGUAAUAUUACAAUCAGAACUUCAUUAUUGAUAACGUCGUUCAGAUACCUAUUGGAAAAUAAGUAAAUAUGUGGCUAAAAUUCAAAGUACUUUUAUGGAAAAGCUUACAAUUACGAAAAAGACAUUGGUUGAGUACCAUAAUUGAAAUAAUAAUACCAUGUUUGUUAUUUUUGUUAAUUCAUCAUUUAAAGUUAAUAAUGUCAAAUGAUGCAUCUGGACCAACAAUUAUAAACCAAACUAUAUCAAGUCCGAUUUCUGAAGAUAAUUUAUACAAUAAUUUUAUGACAUAUUCGAGAAAUUAUUUUAUUUUAUAUACUCCACAAACCAAUGAAACAGAACAAAUUAUGAACAUUGUAAAAACAAAAUUGAAAAUUGAAAAUGAAAAUAUUGGAACAGCUAUUAAUGAAUAUAAAAUAAUAAAAAAAUUUGAAAAAAAAUUUAAUAGUAGUCAACAUGAUUUAAGUCUCAGUGGAUUUGGAAUUGUUUUUGAAGAAACUAUAAAAUCCCAUGUUUUGAAAUACAAGAUAAGAAGCACAAAUAAAUUAUUGCAAACAGAUUAUUUGUUUCCACCUAGUGAAACACCAGGACCUAUGAACUCUGGUGAUCAAUAUCUGCAAUCGGGAUUUUUAGCGUUACAAUUGACCUUAGACAAAGCUUUUAUUUUGUUGGGUGCUCAUAAUAAAAGUGGUUUUAAUAUACAUGAUUAUAAUUUUGAAAUUCAGUCGUAUCCUUAUGCAAAUUACUUACUGGAUUCAUCAUUUAAUAAUUUUUUUGAUUUUUAUUUCCCACUAUUCACUGUUUUAAGUUUUUUCUUAAUGUGUUCUAAUACAAUCAAACGAGUUGUUGAAGAGAAAGAUUCAGGUAUAAAAGAAUUAAUGGCAAUUAUGGGUCUUAAACCAUGGAUGAUAUGGACAGGAUGGAUAUUACAUAACUUUUUUGUAUAUGCCAUAUCAAUCACAGUUAUCACUUAUAUUACUUGUUAUCGAACAACUACUGGUCAGGAAAAGUUAUUAAAUUAUACAAAUCCAUUAUUAUUUUGGAUUUUUUUAAUUAUGUAUAUGAUUGCUGGAGUAUUUUUUUGUUUUGCAAUUAGUAGUUUCUUCAAUCGACCAUUAAUUGCUUUAGUUGUUGGCUCUACUCUAUGGUUAUUUACUCACAUUAUACCUUUUUAUAUUAUGAAACACUCUUCAAGUAUUCUAAUUCGAAUAUUAUUGACAUUACUUCCAAAUUUUGCAAUAGUUCAUGUUUAUAAUGAUAUAUCAUCACUUGAAACUCAAGGAAUUGGUCUUCAAUUAUCCACUUUAUUUAUUGCUGAUAAAAGCGGAAAAAAUUUUUCUGUUGGUUUCAUUUUACUGAUGUUUGUUGUUGAAUGUUUAUUUUAUGGAUUUCUUGCUUGGUAUAUGGACUCGGUCAUGCCAGGACAAUUUGGUGUUGCAAAACCAUUUUAUUUCUUGUUUAAAUGGUCGAAAAAUAAGACUCAAAAUAAUGUAACAGUUCCUAUUAGCAAACACAACAGUAGGUUUUUCGAAAAACCUUCAAAUAAUUAUGAAGUUGGAAUUAGUGUUCAAAAUGUACAUAAACGUUUUGGAAAUUUUUAUGCUGUCAAUGGAGUAAAUUUGGACCUAUAUAAAGGGCAAAUUACUGCUCUUUUAGGUCAUAAUGGUGCUGGAAAAACAACCACAAUGUCAAUUAUAACAGGGUUAUUUUCUCCAACAUAUGGUACAGUAAAUGUUAAUGGGAAUGAUUUAUUUACUAACAUUGACAAUUUUAGACAAAAUCUUGGUUUAUGCCCUCAGCAUAAUUUACUUUUCUCUUAUUUGACUACUCUGGAUCAUUUAAUUUUUUUUGGAAUGCUAAAAGGAUCGCCAUUAAAAAAUGCAAAAUCAGAGGGUUUACAUUUACUUAAAGUUUUAAAUAUAUUAGAAAAGAAAGAUAAAUUAGUAAAAAAUCUCUCUGGAGGAAUGAAACGAAAGGUGUCUCUUGCAAUUGCAUUAAUUGGCAACCCCAAAAUAUUAAUAUUAGAUGAACCAACAUCUGGAAUGGAUCCUGAAUCUCGAAGAGAAAUGUGGGAUUUACUGUUGUCUUUCAGAGGAACAAGAACUAUUUUGAUAACGACACAUUUUAUGGAAGAAGCUGAUGUCCUUGGUGAUAUGAUUGCUAUCAUGGAUCAUGGAAAAGUUGUAUGCUAUGGCACUUCGUUGUUUUUAAAAAAAGCAUAUGGAACUGGUUAUAAUUUGACUAUUAUAAAAGAAGAACCAUUCGAUGAGUCUAAAGUUAUAGAAGCAAUUAAAAAAAUUAUACCAGGAGCAGAAAUUCAAAGCUCGUUGGCUGCUCAAGUUAUUAUUAAUUUACCUAAUGAAAAUAAUGAUCAAUUUCCAGAUGUAUUUAAAGAAUUAGAACUUAACAGAGAAAAUUUUUCUAUUAAAGGAAUGGGUAUAUCUUGUACAACAAUGGAAGAAGUAUUUAUUAAAGCUGAAACAAAAAUACCUCAUGAUGAUGAUACAUCAUCUAUAAGCACAUCAGUAGAUGGUGAUAGUUAUCAAUUGAUUAUAACCAAGGGAAUUGAUUGUAAUGUUGACCAAGUGACUAAUUUAAUUCAAGAGUAUGUGCCUGAUAUUAUUUUGUUAGACGAUACGGAAAUGCAAAUUAUAUUUAAUCUACCAGCUAUUAGAAGAAAUCAAUUAACUACACUAUUUUCUGCCCUUGAAUUUCAAAAAGAAAAUUUUCAUAUGGAAAAUGUUAAAAUAACUAACUCAACAUCAGGCGAUAUCUAUCCAAGUUUGGUCAAAUCUGGGAAUGAUGGUGUUGAAUCAAAACAACCAUCAAAUUAUGAUAAUACACAAACAUUUAGGGCAGAGUAUACAAGUGGAAUCGAUUUAUUGAAAAAUCAAUUUAAAGUAUUAUUGGAAAAAAAAAUCAUAUAUACAUAUAGGAGAUGGCUUUUGUCAUUACUGUUUGGAAUUGGACCUAUUCUGUUUGGCGUAUUAGUUACAAAAACAACUAAUUCUUUGAUUAAUGAUCCCUCUGUUUCCAAAGGUUUAAGUAUUUCAUUAAGUACCUACGAAAAUAGCAUUGUAUAUUACCGUGCUGGAGAUAAUUAUCCUGAAAAUUUGGAAUCAACAUUUGUAGCUAUUUCUAAAAAAAAUAAAGCUACUGUCAAUGAAAUAUCAUCAAAAAACAAUAUUAUUAAUGAUUUAUUAAAAAUGUGCAAAGAAAAUGUAUUCAAUUACAGAACAAAUCUAAUGAUCGCUGGUGAUUUUAAUAGAACAAAAUCAACUAUUUUGUAUAAUAAUAUAGCUAUCCAUACUCCAGCAAUUGCAGUAAAUCUUUAUUCUAAUGCUUUAUUACAAAAAUUGUCUGGAAAUUAUGAAUCAUAUAUUUCGACUAUCAAUGAACCAAUUUUAAUUGGUCAAAUGAUUUUAUGUGAUGAAACACUUGAAUUACUAUUAGUAUUUAUGUGGGUAAUUAUUUUCGUGCCUGGUUUAAUAUAUUUAAUAGGAUAUUUUAUGGCAUUACCAUUAAAUGAAAGAGUAAGUGGCAUUAAACAUUUGCAAAUGAUGACUAAACUUUCUCCAAUCAUGUAUUGGAUUACUUGUUUCGUUUGGGAUUAUUUUUGUUACACAAUUGUGAUUUUAUUAACAAUGGCAGGUAUAUAUUUAAUGGAUAAAAACAGUUUAUUUACUGGUUCAAAUGAAGUUUGUGCUCUAUUAACAAUACUAUUUCUUUAUGGAUGGAGUGUAAUAUUCUAUGUAUAUGUUUAUAGCUAUUUAAAAAAUACCCUAAUCGGUUCCAUGUUAUUGUUUGUUGCGGUUAAUUUUAUAAUUGGAUUAUUUUUUUGUAUUGGCUUUUUCAUGUUAAAAGAAAUAAAAGAAUAUAAAAAUAGCAUGUUGAAUAUAAUAAGGUUAAUACUUUUAAUGAUUCCACAUUUUUCAUAUUCAAUGUGUAUUUGUGGAUUUAUACAAAUUACAUGGGAAAACAAUAUGUGUAAAAUAUGUAAAUCGUCUAAUAUGAUUGAAAUAUGUGAAGAUAUUAAUAGUUCUAAACCAAAAAGUUAUUUUGUUUUUAAAUCUAAGAAAAAUCCAAAUGGCAUCCUUGAAGAAACUUUAUUUUUAUUUUUUAGUAGCAUAUUGUAUAUAUCUAUUUUAUUAUUAUUUGAUUAUAAAAUAUUUAAUCGGUUAUAUCAGUAUGCUUUUAACAAAAUCAUUGGCACUGGUGUUAGUUAUAGAGAUGUUAAUGAAGAUCCAGAUGUUGGCAGUGAAAGAGAUAGAGUUAAUGCAGCUAAAAAUCAUCCAAAUAAUGCUUCAUCACCAUUAUUGCUGGUCGAUGAUUUGGUUAAAAAGUUUAAUUUUAAAUUCACCGGUGUGAGAGGUAUAAGUUUUGCCGUUUCUCCUGGUGAAUGUUUUGGCUUACUUGGAGUAAAUGGUGCAGGUAAAACAACUACAUUCCGAAUUUUAACUGGUGAUACAUUUCCUUCAAAAGGUGACGCUUCUAUUCUGACUAAUAAGUUGUACAAACUCAGCUCUAACAUAAAUCAGUAUGUUUCAUUAAUUGGUUAUUGUCCUCAAUUUGAUGCAAUAAAUGAUCAACUUACUGGAAGAGAAACUUUAAAACUAAUGGCAAUUUUAAGAGGUAUAUCGCCAAUAGCUGCUAAAAAUCAUGUUGAUAAAUGGAUUAAACUUUUAGGUUUUGAAGAAUAUCAAGAUCGGCUCUGUGGAAAAUAUAGCGGUGGUAAUAAGAGAAAAUUAAACACUGCAAUUGCAUUAAUUGGAGAUCCUCCUGUUGUGUUUUUGGAUGAACCUACUAGUGGAGUAGACCCUUUGGCAAGACGUAAUCUAUGGAAAUUAUUAGCUGCUAGUCAAAGAGAUGGACAAGCCAUUGUUCUUACAUCCCAUAGUAUGGAUGAAUGUGAAGCACUUUGCAACCGUUUGACAAUAAUGGUCGAUGGUGUAAUGAAAUGUAUUGGUAAUAUACAAUAUUUGAAAAAUCGUUAUGGACAAGGGUUUACAAUAAUGAUAAAACUACGUAAUAUUGAAAAUUUCAAUGUUACUGAACUAAAGUUUGAUAUAGAACAACAGUUUGCUCCUGACAUCAUUUUAAAAGACGAACAUAAAGGUUUAUUGCAUUAUCACAUUACUAACCCAAAUAUACUACUGUCUGAGAUAUUUAGUAAGAUAAAAACAAUUAAAGAAAAUUAUAUUGCAGUUGAAGACUAUACUGUUGGUGACACAACUCUUGAACAAGUAUUCAUUGCAUUUGCAAAAAAACAGGCAGUCUUAAUUAAAGAUACAUAAUUUCCUGUUUAUAUUAUUUAUGCAAAAUACAUUAUUCUUAAAUUUA